CUCAACCCGGACGCAGUACGGAAGAAACGUCGAGCACGCCGAGAGUACCGUCCUCGUGACACAUCUUACCCAUUCUUCUCUCUUCAUCCAUGGCAACAAGAAAACGUGGGAAAAUCUGUCCAGCCUGCCGGAAAUUGAUCAGUGAUCCUCGGAUAAAAGUUAUGUCAUGAAUGUUCGUAUCUUGGACUAUCCGAUUCUGCGGUGUCCUUAAGUGAAGAAGACGGUAUAUCGGAGAGCCGUGACAAAAGGUUAUCAAUGACUCGAUACCGCGGCAAGAUAAAAGAUGCGUGGUAUUACUGAAUGGUUUUGUUAAACGUUCCGAAGGUUGCGCUGAAGCAUACGUGAAUGGAAAACUGUUUGUGAUCUCUUGCGAUGCUUUUUACAGUGUAUUGCGUAGUGCACGUACACGGUAUGUCACAGUGAAGCAGUUUAAUGACGGACUCAGCUUUUAUCAGCGGUGUAUUCCGUGUAAAAGGAAAUUUUGGGAAGAAUUGAUUCGACCUGUUAAUUCGCCCUGUUACACUCCUAUUGGGAACAACAGGUUGAAGCUGGAAUCUAUGUAUGAUAAGUUUCAAGAUACUUCUGGGAACGAAGCAGAUUAUAGCUGCAGCGUGAUCACUGAAACACAGCACUUCAAAGAGCAGCAGGGAUACUAUCAAUUAGACGAUGCAUUUCGGUCGAAUCAAAGGUUAAUCAGCAAGAAGCAUCCAGUGACAUUCUUGCCACAGUAAAGGCAGCUUAGUCGCGUUUAAUCGUCACUUGCAUGUGGGUCACAAGUUGCGUUCACCAAAGCUAACGGGAUAGAGGGUUUACUGAGUAGAGAGGAAGAAAAUGUGGAGCUCGGUUACUGCGGCUGGCACUGAAAAUGGGCCCGCACCACCUUCCAGAAGCAAGCACAGUGCCACUUUGCUCACCGGGCACGUAUAUCUGCUUGGCGGACGAAACGGCAAUCUCCCCCUCAAAGACCUCUGGCGGUAUAGUCUCGCCGAGAGCAAAUGGGAGGAAUUGCAUCCUGGGGGAGAGAGGCCGCCAGCGCUUCAGGAACACAGCGCGGUAGCUUACAAGGAUUGCCUUUACGUUUUCGGAGGCGAACUCGGGUUUUCCGCAGGCACGGAAACGCCGCUUUGGGUUUACAAUGUCAAGACCAAUAUGUGGAGGAAAGUGAGAGCGCAGCGUGGUUGUGCGGUUCCCAGAGGCAGGAGAGGCCACACCGCUUUAGUUCAUCGUGGUCAGAUGCUCGUUUACGGUGGUUACCAAGAUUUACGUGGAAGCUCUCCGGAAUUGUGGGCAUUCCAUUUCGAAACAGAAUCGUGGCAUCUUCUUUCGUCCAGUGAAAGCGGACCAGCGGCAAGGCAUAAACAUUCAGCGGUUCUACACGGCGAUGCUAUGUAUAUUUACGGAGGUAUGACCGAUCUACAAGAGAGAAGCGAUUGCUGGCGAUGGGACGUGAAUUCUGCGUCAUGGUGUCUUCUGAAAAAUAAGCCAGGACCAGGACCCCUCCAUGGACACGCAGCCUGCAGGCUUCCUAGUUGCAUGCUGAUCUUUGGCGGAGAAAGCGGUGGUUUAGCUACGAACGAACUCUGGAGGUUUCAUUUCGGUACGGAGAUGUGGGAGAAAUUAUCAGUGCCAGGUCCCAAACCUCAACCAAGAGCAGAAAGCGUCGCUUUAGCGGUUUCCGAACUGUUAAUUCGAGGGACCAAUAUCGAUAAUCCAAAACCAAAGCCGAGGAAUCAGAGGACGAGACUUUGUAACAGCAGGAUAUCGCCCAAUGAAGCGCCAACUAGGCCGAGCUUUCUCAGAGAAAUUUCUAAAUUGUCUCAAAUUAAUUUAUCACGAUUAAGUCAUCCGACAAAAUGUAGCUAUUCUGUUUUAAGUGGUCAAGAUGAUAAUGAAGAAAGCCCACAAGAGGCGAAUUCGUAUUAUCCGUUUCAGCAAGUGGACUCGGAGGUCGUCGAACCAUCUACGGGGAUGGUGAAGUCUCGGAGUGCUAAUACGCUGGCACGACGGAGACAGAGACCGCCGGACACAGCGUCCAAAAGUGUCGAUGGGAACAACAGCAACAACGUAACAAGUGGAUCCGGCAUGACCAGAGAUCCAAUUUCAGUACCAAAUUUUCGUGCUCUCACCUUGCCCACUCCAGUAUUGACACCUGUAGAAGCAGCGAGACUCGUCUUCGUCGAUCCAGAUGAGAAUAGUGACGACGAAGAACGAAAGGAACCUCCAACUUCUAGGCUGAUAGAAGUUCAAGAGGAAAGACGAGAUUUUGCAGCUGUGCACCAAGCCUGUCAACCAACGCGAGGGGAAAGUUACAGCUCUCACCUCUACGAAGCCGCGCUUCAAACACCAAAAACGCCAACAACAUCAAAGAUUCCCAUGUCGGCUUCUGUCCGAUUCGCUGAUUUAGAAGAAGGAGAAGAGUCGACGUCGGAUUACGCGAGUAUAGAAGCCAGAAGUCCCGGUGAUCCUCUUGCAGAUGACGACUGGCCAUCAGGUCGGAAGAGUAAACAGUAUCGUCCUAUGGUUACUCCAUCGACGAUACGUGAGGGCCAAUUCGGUUUUUGCAAUCCGAAUUAUCUCGGGUUAAACGAAGUGAAGAGUCAUCAUCAGCAUCAACAGUCUCAAGAUGGAAAGUACGCGAAAUUAUUGAACAGUCCACCCGACAGCGUCCUAGAAGACGAGCCAGGAAGGUCUGCCUCGCAAACGUUCGCGGAAUUAUUGGAACUUCAAGAAAUUAAAAGAGUUCCAAGAGUGCCACCGAAAAGUCUGCCACUGGGUUCUCCUUCGAGAAGAGCAGUCAGUGCGUCAAGGGCUGAAAGGCAACGGGCGAAAAUAGCCGCAGUUGAUAUCAAUGAAUCAGAAACACCGUCGUAUGGACCAGCACCGCUUUAUGUGUUUUUAGUUGGUGGAAAAGAAAAGGGUCAGGUUACUGUAUUCGCCAGGCCUGUGUCCUUGUGGAAAUUGCAAUUAGCACCACACAUCUUUUAAAGACAAAAUAGGUACGUUUGACAAUUUUAUUUAUUUAUCGUAUAUAUUUUGGAAUUUAUGAAAAUUAGAUAAUCGAAGAGAUAGAUGUUAUUCAAUGAUUUACUCGUUGUUUUUAAUUAAUUACAAUCUAUAGACGUAUAGUCGAUAAAUGCAGUGUCCCAGUGCCAAGUGCUACAGACGUCGCGUUCAACUAUGUAAUAUAUAACAUUCUAGGUUUUUAUUAUAUUUGUUCGUAAAUCAUCUAUUUUCUGUUAAUCUCUUGUUUAUGUUAAACCGCUGCUAGUCUCCCUCGUAAUAAUUUUUGAAAUCUCUGUCUGAUAAGAAAUUUUUAUUUAUUAAUGAAAAUAGUGCAAUAUGAGUUGUGAUUAGAACUGCAGAAUUGAUCAGUAAUUCGAUCGGCAUUCGUUCAGUUAAUCGAAUGUUCGGAUUCUAACUUGAUAUUAUCAUUUAGUAAUUGAAAAAUUAUAUUCGAUCGUAAAAUCAAAAUUAAUUUUGUUCAAAUAUAAUAUAAUAGAUAAAAA